AUUCACGGCAACACACCAACAACACACCACAACACACACACCAAGAGGAUCCUAACAACAACCCCAAAACCAAAAAUAAUGGCAAAGGCCGUCGCCCUCCUCGCCCUCUGCGUCUUGGCCUUCGCCACCAUCGCCCAAUCCCACGAAGAGGUAUUCAACGUCGAGGGUAAGGUCUAUUGCGACACAUGUCGUGUCAUGUUCCCUACCAGAGUCACCCAGUACUUGGAAGGUGCUGAGGUGGAACUGAGAUGCAGGGCCAUUGAGAAUGGCACAGUGACCUACUCAGUCUCCGGAAGAAGCGGAGCUGGUGGUUGCUACAGCCUGAAAGUCCACGGCGACCACCAGGACGAGAUCUGCGACGUUGUGGUUGUGUCGAGCCCCGACCCCAGCUGCAACGAAAUCGUCUCUGAGAUCGACAGUACCAGGCUGUGCCUCACCCAUAACAGCGGCAUUGAAUCUGCUGUUCGCUAUGCCAACCCCAUCGGAUUCGUCAAGACUGAGGCUCUCACCGACUGUGCCGAGGUGCUCGAUGAGCUUAGUUUCGUCCCAAUUGAGCUCCAGCACUAAUUGAAGAGGUGACUAAGGCUUUUGCCAUGAAUAAGGAACACUCGUAGCUUCUUUUUUAUUUAUUUCUUUUCUUUCUUCUCCUCCUCCUCUCCCGUAUGUGUGUGAUGUGAUGAACUUUGUUUGAGCAGUAAUGCAAUAUGUAACAGUGAUGUGUGACAAAGUGUAUUUGUAGGGGAGAAGUUUAUAUUAAUAAAAUGUGUUUUGGUGCGUCAAA